CCAUUUAGAACAGUCACAGCUCAGAGAGAGUUUGAACCUCUGCGAUCUUCUUGCCUUUAUACAGUUUUUUCUCAGCGCUCUUCGAAACUGAAAAUGCUGCCCGCUACUUUUAAACUGUGUGCUGGCAUCUCCUAUCGGCACAUGAGGAAUAUGACAGGUUUGAGGAAGAAUGCCAUGGUGGCCAUUCAUCAUGAGCUGAACACGCUGGCAGGUCCAGGCCCCAGUAACUGGAUCAGCCAAGUCCGCCGUCGAAGUUCUCUUCUCAGUUCUCAGAUUGAAGAAGAGGGUUACAAUGAGGAGGAGAUGUCUUAUUUGAAACAAGGUGAAGAUGCACUGCAAAAGGCCAUCAGCAUCCUCAGUGAGCAGGACGGCUGGACCACUGAAACUGUUGCUGCGAAUGGAGACAAGGUCCUGAGCAAAGUGCUACCUGAUGUCGGGAAGGUGUUCAAGCUAGAAGUGAUGCUGGAGCAACAUCCUGAUGAUCUUUACAAAGAGCUAGUUGGAAAUAUGGAGCAAAUGGGGGAGUGGAACCCAAAUGUGAAAGAAGUCAAAAUUCUCCAAAAGAUCGGCCAGGACACGAUGAUCACCCACGAGGUAUCCGCAGAGACCCCCGGCAAUGUGGUGGGACCCAGGGACUUUGUCAGUGUCCGAUGUGCCAAGCGGCGAGGCUCCACCUGCUUCCUGGCAGGAAUGUCCACUCAGCACCCAAAAAUGCCUGAGCAGAGGGGUGUUGUCAGAGCGGAAAACGGGCCAACCUGCAUAGUUAUGAAGCCCUGCGCUGAAGACCCAAAUAAGACCAAAUUCACCUGGUUACUAAGUAUAGAUCUAAAGGGCUGGAUCCCAAAGACAAUCAUAAACAAAGUGCUCGCUCAGACGCAGGUGGACUUUGCCAGCCACCUCAGGCAAAGGAUGGCUAACAAUGUUUCUGUGGAGAUGUCUCCUGCCUGGUGACACUGGAUGUCUAUUGAGCUUUGGCACCAGAGAUGUGGCAGAAGAGUAGCCUCUGCUCAUUUAAAAAAAAAAAAAAAACUCAUAUUUAUCUGCUUAAACUGCUGCAGUCGGUAAAUGUGUGUUUUUCUUUCCCUAAAUAAUAGAAAAUCUGCCAUGAUUGUCCCUAACACCAGUCUUACAGACUGUGUGCUUUCAUUGUUUUUAACCAGGUUAGGAAUCGUCGCCUUUGGCUUUUAGUGUCUCGGGUCCCUGUUUGGGUGUUUUAAAGAGAUUCAGUCUCAAACAAGUGCCCUGUAAAUCUAAUGCUACUGAUUAAAGGCAGGUGACAGUCAUAUAAUAAAAUUGUGGGGCUUUUAGAGCACAUAAUAACACCUUUAAGAGUUCUAAUCACAAAAUGAAUCAUCAGAUCAUCAAUCAGACUGAGGACACCAGGCGCAUCUGCAAGGUAGUAACAUAUCAGUUCUCAUAUUUUAACUGUUAACAUCAUGCUUUCUUGAAGACCCAAUAAUACCAAAAUGAGAGCAUAACAUUCAAAUGAAAUUCAAAUGAAAACGUUGAAAAUAUUCAAAGUGACUUGACUUUUGAGCCUCAGUUUGGAACCACUGAAGUCACCUCCUGCUGGCGUGCAGGUUUAGGCACCUAAGCAUGAUCAAGAGGCUAUAAGCUACUUUUAGCUUGUGCCUUAUUCACAAAGGGUCACCACAGCAGGAAACUGACACACAAACUGUAUGUUUGAUUUGGAAGAGUUUCCCUGUUCAUUGGGGCUUGUGUUUUCCACAAGCCCCAGGGGAUUUGUGCCUCUUCCCAGGAUCUUUUGCUUGUUAGAUUAAUCUUAAUAUUAAUAUACAGGCUAUACAACAUUGGAUGUGCCACAGCUAUCUUAACUGAAGAGCCAUUUGACUGCUAACAACAGCAACUGAACUUAACAAGAAGCUUAUGGUCCAAAUCCGAUUAUGAAGUGAAAUGUAACACAUGCAAAGAUUAAAAUCUCCACUUCUCCAGUUAGUGGAUUUUGGCUCCGGUGUUGUUCACUCCUUGUUGUUUUCUUUUCUAAAUUUGAUCAGGCCAAGCUUGGAGAAUGAGAAUUUAUCUGUUAAAUUUGAAAAGUCACACAGAUUGGAAUUCUCUUUUGGGAAAACACGAUUUAGUUAUUUCCCCUUGAACAGAAUGUUUAAAGUCUGAUUCAGGUGCCCAUCAGCAAGCAUGUAAAAGAUGAAUAUUAAAACAAUUUAAAACUGUAAAAGGAAAUAGAAAAAUAAUAAUCAUGUCACAAUUUCACUGGCCUCAACCACUCCCCCUCCUGGUAAGAUCUUCUGCAAAAGUCAGUGUAUGCUUUCUGACAUAUUCAUACAUCAUCAUCAUCCCACUUUGGCAGAAAACAGUCAUUUAUUGCCUCUGCUGCGAAAUUGCACUUUUAUUUCAUUGUUUUAUUUAUUGAUAUUGUGCAGAUGUAUUUGGCUAUGAGCUAUUGUAACAUAAAGCGGUGUUGAAUAAAUGACAGCAGCAUCAUUA